GUAAACAGCAUCUUCUCAGUUGUCAACAAUCACUUGAACGAACGAUCAUCUUCAUCAGUGAAGCCAAGUAUACAUUUACAACACAAGGCAUUAUGACUGCUACAGCACAGAUCCCCGGUGGAGUAAUGGUCCAACAGACAGCCGCUUUUGUCCUGUCACAGCUCGCUCGUCACAGGAGUUCAUGGAAUAAAGAAACAGUGUGUCCUCCUCUUAUUGUAGGUGUACAAGGCCCUCAAGGUGCAGGCAAAUCACACCUAACUGGUCUAUUGCCAGCCUAUCUGGAAAAACAUUAUGAUCUGCGUCUCGCUACCAUGUCUUUGGACGACUUUUACCUCACCCAUUCCGACCAGGUCAAACUGGCACAAUCAGAGCCUGAUAAUCCCCUCCUCAGCGGUCGUGGUCCCGCGGGCACUCAUGAUUUACCGAUUCUGGAACAGUGUCUGGCAAAGUUGAAAUCUAUCAAUGACCGCGUCAGUGCCAAGUCUCCGACUGUAACUAAGGGCCAAAGCCUUCAACUGCCCAUAUACGACAAAUCUCUUUUCAAGGGCGAAGGAGACCGGUCAAAGGAGGUAGUAGAAGUGCAAGGACCUAUUGAUGUGGUCAUAUUUGAAGGGUGGAUGAACGGGUUCGGGCCGUUAUCAAAUGACAAACUAGAAGAGAGAUACGCUGAAGCCGGACGACAAUGGCCCUCUUCUUCUCUUAACGACCCAGCUCGGGUUAUGCCUACCAUUUUAUUGUAUUCGAGAUCAACAUUACACAGUAUAAACCAAAAUCUGAGGCAGUACGAAGUACUUUGGGAUCAAAUUGAUUGUUUUGUGCAAAUCCGACCGUUGGAUCUAUCUUAUGUAUGGUCUUGGAGACUUCAGCAAGAACACAAUAUGAAGGCGAAGAAUGGAGGUAACGGAAUGACUGAUGAGCAGGUCCGACAUUUCAUUAACCGGUAUAUGCCCAGCUACGAACUGUUUCAAGAUGGAAUUGAUAAGGAGACCUCAUCAUGGAGCGGCAAAGGGCUUCGUUUCAUUGUGAACAUACAACGAGAAAUUGUUGGCACAGAAAGCUUCUGAAAAUCAUACAUGC